CUUCACCAUGGCUAUAUAUAACAAAGCUUCUUUCUCCAUGAACACCAAUCUCAUUUUACAUUGACAUCCAAGAAGAUGCAAAUGGAGUUCCACCACCCUUAUUGGCCAAAAUACAACCCAGUAGGCUCACCCUUUGAAGAAGGUUUUUUCUUGCCAGAAAUGGAUACCCAUGUUGACACUUUCAAGUUUUCCACUUCAUCAGUUUCCAUUCAAGAUUUCUCAGAUGUUUCUUCUUCAACUCCAUAUGGCAGUGAAAUCAAUAGUUCCCACUUUUUAGGCGAUCAUUUUCCAGCCAUCUUACCAUGGAUUGAUCACCAAUUUAGGCUUGAUGGGGUUGAAAACUGCUCUGAAUGGAUGGUCAGUGAUAGCAGCAUCUCUUCGCAACGGAUUCUCAUGGAAGAUGUCCAUCUCCCACCAUCGUCGGGCGAAAUUUCGAUGAAUGGCCUCCCAUCAGUUCAACCAUGCCUGGUUUUGCCCGAUGAAAACAUGGAAAUCGAUAACCACCUAUCGAUUCUUCAUCUGUUGAAAGCAUUUGGGGAUGCCGUGGGGAACAAACAAAUGGAGCUAGCAGGGGAAGUUAUCAGGCGACUCAAAGAGAAGGCCUCUCCAACUGGCAAAAGCACUGAAAGACUUGCAUUUUAUUUGACCCUAUCAUCAGACAACCAAGCUAGCUACUUAAUGCAAGAAUCUAGCAAAAAUCAAGAGGCUGCCUUCAAGGCCUUCUAUCAGAUCUUCCCCUAUAGUAGGUUUGCUCAUUUCGCUGCCAAUUCAUCCAUACUGGAAGCCAUCCCUGCCUAUGCUACUGUGCUACACGUUGUUGAUUUCGAUAUUGGUAAAGGCAUACAAUGGCCACCAUUGAUCGAAACACUUGGAAGGAGAGGGCUACAAAUAUUGCGGUUGACAGCAAUAAGAUGGGAGGAAGAGAGUGGCAGUUGCAAUGCUACAACUAAUUUUGAGGACACAAAGAAGCAACUAUGUAAACAUGCAAAGAAUUUUGGUCUAAGAUUGGAGGUGGAGGAAACGGAUAUAGAAGGCUUAGUGAGCAAGGUUAAAAUGGAUAGCGACUGGUUAGCAUUCAAUUGCAUGGUUGGGCUCCCUCACAUGGAACAAAGGAGUGUGAAGCACGUUGAGGAGUUCCUUACAACAGCAAAGGCAUUGAUUGGGAAUGAUAGAACCAAAGGCGUCAUCACUUUGGGUGACGGAGUAGGUAUCGAAAAAUGGAUGGACUACACUAGUUUCGAUUCUUUCUUCGAAGCACAGCUGAUCUACUUCCAAGCAUUGCUCGAGUCAAUGGAGCAGUUUAGGUUUCUAGAGGCUAGAAUAGCUAUGGAAUGUUUGUUUGUGGUACCCCAUCUUUGUUCUCUUGCUGAUGUUGGGCAAUGGAAAGAAACUUGGAGGGCAGGAUGCUGUCUCACAAAACUAGGGUUGGAGCCUCUGAGAAUGAGCUGGGAAAACCAUUUGGAAGCUACGGAGGUGGUGAGUGAAGGGGAGGGUUCAUAUUGGGUGAGGGUCCAAGGAGAGGAAAACAAUCAAAUGGUGUUGGGUUACAUGGGAGCUCCCAUGGUGACAAUGUCUAGUUGGAUAUAAGUGUAAGAUGCACCAAAUUAGUGCAGUAACCUAUUCUUUUCUAGAGACAGAUCAUUAUUGUUUUAUAGACAGUGUUGAAAAUCUCCGUCGGGAGUUUCAUUCU